AUGUCUGAGAAAAAACUAAAGAUUGCAGUCAUCGGCGCCGGUAUUAUAGGCUGUACUUCGGCUGUAGUAUUGAUUGAAUCCAUACCUAAUGUCGACAUAACCAUCAUAUCGGAAAAGUUUACACCGAAUACUACCAGCGAUGGUAGCGGUGGACUAAUAUAUCCAUAUUUGUCGGGUAGUACUGAUCGCCAACGUAUCAGAAAAUGGAUCAACAAUUCAUUGGUUUAUCUUAACAAGUAUUACCAGUUACCAGAUUCCGGCAAAUUUGGUAUCGGUUUGCUAUCCAUGUAUUAUCUACUAGAAGAUGAGGAAGUAUUUGAUUAUCCAGAUUUUGACGACAUUAUGAUCAGUCAACGGCCGAUGACUUCCAGUGAAUUGAAACAAUUUUCUUCAUCUUCAUCAUCUGAAUCGCAAAAUAAGUGGACAAAAGGUGUUUAUGUGACCACAUAUUAUGCCGAAUGUCGUAAACUAUUGCCAUAUUUGUUACAACAAUUCAAAUCUAAAGGCGGAAAAGUUUGCCAACAAAGAGUCGAUAGCUUACAACAAUUGAUCGGAAAGUAUGAUAUUGUUAUCAACUGUCGGGGCCUUGAAGCCGGCAAAUGUAGUGCUGAUCAAUCAGUACAUCCAAUACGUGGUCAAGUCUAUCGGAUAUCGGCGCCAUGGAUCAAACAUAGUGUUAUGGCUGGCAAUCACUAUAUUGUACCAAACAGCGAUUGUGUUGUAUUGGGUGGUACUAAACAGUUAAACAAUUGGGAUACUAUGGUUGAUCCGAAAGAUAGUAAGGAUAUUAUGGAUGGAUGUUCGCAACUUAUACCGAGUAUUAGGGCAGCACAGGUAGUUAACGAAUGGGUUGGUCUGAGACCGGGUAGACACGAGGUCCGACUUGAACGUGAAGUUAUUAGUGAUGGACAAUCAAAUAAUCAAUUGCAAGUGAUCCACAACUAUGGACACGGAGGCUGUGGGGUUACACUAAGCUUUGGAUGUGCUCAUGAAGUUCUUGAUUAUGUCCAACAAAUUAUUUCAUCUAAUAAUGUCAAGUCUAGACUCUGA